CAAUUAGGAAGUAAAUAAGCAGCGUGUUGCCUUCCGACCGUGUGCAGCAGCAGGGCGGUGAGAGAGGCGAGUUAAACUCCGAAUCAAAGUGACCUCAGAACCCGGGUUCUGUGUAGACCAGGUCAGACCAGGGGAACCUGCUGAACCAGUCCAGAACGUUUCUGCAGGAAGCUGGUGUGGGUCUGACUUUGUAUCUGGGGGGGGGGAGGGGCUCAUUGCUCUGACGCUGACUCAUCAUCUUUAUCCACCACCUCAAGUGUGGCGGGAGCAGCAUUGAUCAACUGAUUACAGUGUGGACGGACAGAAACUGUCUUUGCUGUUCCUCCUCCAGAGGAUUUGCUGUAACUAACCAACUGCAGAGGAGACAAUCUACUUCCUGUUUACACCAGCUUGCACAUGCUCAGUCUUCAAAAACAAACUGAUCUACAGCAUCACCUGUGCCCAUCCACCUUCAUCUCCUCCUCCCAUCAUGACUCCUCCUACAGACUCCCUCUUUCUCUCGCCACAGAAGAAGAGGAAGAGGAGGUCAGGGAGUCUGGAGGAAUCUCCUGUUCCUGUUGACAUGGACACACCUGAGAGAGUAGAGAAGAAGAAGAAGAAGAAGAAGAAGAGACAAAAGGAGGAGGAGGAGGAGGACAUGGUCAUUCUUACUACUCCUGCCAAUGAAGAGACAAACAACCAGAAUGAGAAAAAAACAAAGAAGAAAAAGAAGAAAAAGGAGAGGCAGGAGGAGGGAGGAGCAGAGGAGAAGGAGGUGGAGGCCGCUGUAGAAACCAGCGAGACAGAAAAAAAGAAGAAGAAGAAGAAGAAACACAAGAACGAACUGAGUGAUGUCACUGUCGUCUCCGUAACAAACCAUAACAACAGAGAAACAGGCUCCUCGGUUUCCAUAGAAAUGGACAACACUGGGAUAAAGUACGAGAAGAAGAAGAAAGAGGAGAGGAGGAUGAUGACAGGAAGAAGAGGAGGGGUGAGGAAGACAAAGAAAGGAAGAGCAGCUGUAGAUGAAGAUCAGCUGGACUGGGCGUUGGUGGAGGAGCUGCAGGAGUUUGUUCCAGACGUCAAGAAAAAAUCAGUCGAUGAGAUCAAUAAACUGCUGAGAUACGACCUGCAGCGCUUCAAGAACUUCAAACAGCAAGGUGUGUCUCUACGUCAGGGGCGGUGCUCUCAGCAGGAGAAUCUGCGAAUCAGACAGAACGUCUCAGACUUCCUGGCUCUGACAGGCAUCAGCUCAGCCAAUCAGCUUCUGUUUCCUCAGAGGUACAAGGAGCAGGAGGUGGAGAUCAGGAAGCUGAGAGUACAACAUCACUUCCUGGAGAGGAUUGCUGAGGGGAUCCCUCGGACAUGUCAUCAGGUUCACACCAGAGCCAAGAAGAUUUUUGACGAGAGGAAUCACAUGGGAAGGUUCUCAGAGGAGGAGAUGCGUUCUCUGAUAAAGUUUCAGAACCUCCACGGUAACGACUGGAGGACGAUCGCUAAGAAGAUGGACCGCAGUGCCUACGCCUUGGAGAAACGCUUCGCCGCCAUUGCUCCAGGUCAUGGGUUGUGGAGUCCAGAUGAAGAGUCCAGGUUGAAACGAGCUCUGAAGGCUCACCUGGAGGGGUUGGCCCAGCAGAGUCCUGCAGGUCCAGUUCUGACCAGAGACCACCUGUGGAACAACUUGCCCUGGAAGGAGAUCAGUCAGCAGGUCGGAACCAGAUCCUGGAUCCAGUGUCGCCUCAAGUGGUUCACCUUCCUGAAGUUGAAACUGUUCUCAGGUGGCAGCACUAACAACCGAGGAGCUGAAGGAGUUCAGGCGAAAAUCCACCUCAUCAACAUAUUGUACAACAUGCGUGUGGAUGAUGCGGCUGACAUCAACUGGGAUGAGGUCGCUCAGAGUGUCGGUAGGGUCACUCCCAUGUGUGUACAGAAGAGUUUCCACAGGCUGAAGGUUUCCAGAGUUCCAAACUGGACCAGUUUAUCAUAUGGAGAGAUCAUUGACUUCCUGCAUCAGCGGGAGGUUCCUGUACUGAAGAAGCGACUGAGGAGGUUCAGCGGAGAGAAGCAGGAGCAGCAGGAGCAGCAGGAGAACAGGUUCCUGCUGUCAGGCAUCUUCAGCUCUCUGGGCGAGGAGGACCAGGACUUUGUGGAGGUGGACAACAGUCAGCUGACCUACAGCCAAUCGGGAUACAGAAGGCUGUGAAGACAGAGGCUCGUUUUAAGACACUAUGUUUAAAAAAUGACAGGCCACACCCACCUUCACUGUGAUAGGCUGUCUGCAGGCGUCUGUCAGAGGUGGGGCUUCCUGUCACAGACUGAAAAUUGUUGAACAGAUGUUGACCACAGGAAGCUUUUAUUUUCAAGGUCCUGAUGUAUUGAUUAUCACGUUUUAACUUUCUAAUGAAAUGAGUUUUUCAUCUUG